AUUUUGAGAGCGAAUGCACGUGGGCUUGCGCUUUCAGGGUUGCACAAGCGGAGGAGCGGGGGAGGGGCAGAGAGACAGAAGCGCAAGCAGGCUCCCUGCCGUGGGACCUGAACCCAUAAACCACGAGAUCGCGAGAUCAUGACCUGAGCCGAAAUCAGGAGUCCAUUGCUUCACCGACUGAGCCACCCAGGGGCCCCGCCGUUUUUUCUUUUAAACGGUAUUGGCACUCUUCUACUUGUCUCUUCGUUCGUAUUUGUCCGGUCUUUUUCCUUUUUUUUUUUUUUUUUUUUCAACUUUCAGUCUUCUGGGUCACCAUGUUUUACAGUAUUGGACCUUCAUGGAGCAUUCUCUGAAAGCUGACCUCGGGUAGGGCCAUGUGGAGGGUUCAGUGUGUGGGAAGUUAGAAAAUUCUGCUCCAGUGACCUCGGACACAGACAGAAUCUGGCUGUGAAACAGAGUCUACACUGCCAGGCCUCGUAAAGUUUAAGACAGGGAGCUGCAGGGGAGGUCCAUCCAUUCAGUCUCAACGCUGGGCAGUGCUGCUGGGGACACCGUAAUGACCAUGACUGCUCUGGCCCUUCUGGGUUCACUGUCCAGCAGAAGAGACAAAUCCAUCUGUAGAGACAGGGAUGACUCAGCAUGGGCAGGGCUGGGACUCGUCAGAGAUCCUUCUCUGGGCAGGUGGGAGGUUUCCCCGGAAGGGAGCUCAGGCAAGCCCUCCCUGUUACAGUUACAUUUGAGCAAAGCACAUGGAUUAAAGAACUGAGCCACGUGGAGAUCUGGAGGGAGAGCAUUCCAGUUAGUGGGAAGAACCAAUGCAAAGACCAUGGAAGGGAAGAGUUCGGUGACUUUGAGGAGUCACAGCAAGGUGCCCGAGGGGGGGAACGCAGAGGGGGAGUCUGACCCAAGCUUGGAGAUUCGCUUCUUAGAGAAAGGAAUGGCUGAGCUAGUACCCCAGAGAAUAUAUAGCAAAGCAAUGGGGCACAGCGUUCUAGAAUCAGAUUCCCUGGAUUCCUAUCCCUGCUCCCACUCGCACCAGUUCUGCGUAGGCCACCUGUCUGGCUUCUGUUUCUUUAUUCUUACAUUGGAGAGGAUAAUAGUUUCUACUGAGGGUCAGACAGGGUUGCAAGUACUCAAACCACUCUCUAUGCCAGAUCUGGUGCCCUCCGGGGUCCACUGGGGGUGUGGAGGAGUGAGGAGGGAUGAGGUUGGACUUGUAGGGUACCGGGGCUUUUUCCCAAGGGCACCGGGGAGUCAUUCAUGGUAGGUUUUGUACAGGGUAGUGACAGGGUCAGGUUUGUGCUUGAAGACCCUUCUGGCUGUGAUGUGCAGGAUUGGUGGAAGCAGGCACGGCUGGGGCAGGGUGGUGGAAGGACAGACAGGUGACACUUGGACAGAUGGCUGCAGUGGAGUCACUUUGGAUAUCUCUUCAAUCAGCCUGGCUUUGUAAGGAUCUAGGUGAGCCCUGUUCAAUAGAAAUAUAAUGCGAGCCGUAUGUGUAAUUUAAAAUCUUCUAGUAGCCACAUUUUUUAAAAAGUCAAAAGAAAGAGAUGAAGUUAAUUUUAAGUAAUUUAUUUAAAUUAUAUCCUAAGUAUUAUCAUUUUAACAGGUAACUAAUAUUUAAAAAGCAUUAUUGAAAGUAUUUAAUAUUCUUUCCUUGUACUAAGUCUGAGUCAGAUUUGGGGCGCCUGGUUGGAAAGGCUGAAUGGAGAGGUCCAUUUGGACACACAGCUUGAGUCUUGAAUGCCAAGCCCAGAGGCUUAGACUCAGUGCCGCGACAGAGGUGGGGAAGGCGGGUGGGGAGGCAUCGCAGAGUUCUGUCAUUUGUUUUUCAAGGAUGAUGUGAUCCCGCUGCCCAGUUUCCCCCACUGGAAAUCUCGGUCUCCAGGGUUCCCAACCAAACCUGGGCACUCAGAUCUUUCUGCCUGGCUCCUUCUGCCCUCAAUCCUGAAGCUGCCCGGCCCUUUAAAUCUCAACUGUCAAUCGGGGCUCCUGUUUAGAGGGAAAGCCGUGUAAUGUACCUAUCCCUGAAUACCAUGGCCUCUGUCCUGGCCUUGAUCCUCCGUUUUAGCAAGAAGUUGGGAAUUGUUCUACGCUCUCUUACACUCCGCUGUUUCCACACCCCCUUCACCUCUCGCCUACUCCUCCCUCUUUCGAAGUUAGGCCCCUUCGCCAAGCCAUUCCUUAUAUGGGCACGGCCCCGAACGGCAGCCGCUCAUUGGCUGGGGGCGUCACGCGCGCGUCUGUCAACAAAGGGGCGGAGAGAAACUAGUCGCGCGCCACCACGGCGCGCGACGUCCAGAGAGAAGGAGUGAGGGGGCGGGCCCUCUUCACUGGUGCGCGCAUGCGUAUGUGCUGCCUCCCUCUCCCGCCGCAGGGGGGCGGGGCUCGAGGGUGGCCUGCGGAGCCUCCCCUGACCAUCCAGGCAGGUCCUGAAAUGCGGUGAACCCCGGCCUGUCUGCUACCGUUUCCCAGGAUGGACCGCAGCGGCCUCCUGCCCUUCCAGCUCUGGUGCCCCCGGCCCUUUGGCACCUACUCCCAGAACCAGCCGCGCCCGCCUGCCGCGGCCCUCAAGCCAUCAGCCUGCCCAGAGCCGGGCAGCGGGGCCGAGCCAGACCACGGGCCUGCCCACUCAGAGAACACCCCGCCCACCUUGGCCACGGAGGCCCCUGCCUCCCAGCCUGCCCCGCUCCUCUCCGCAGCAGCUGCUGGCGAUGAGGGGCGAGUCCUGCUGGACACGUGGUACGUGAUCAAGCCCGGGAAUACAAAGGAGAAGGUGGCCUUCUUUGUGGCCCACCAGUGUGGUGGGGGCAGCCGGGCCAGCUCCAUGAAGGUCAAGGGGCACUGGGGCAGUGACAGCUCCAAGGCCAAGCGGAGGAGGCGCUGUCUUGAGCCUACUAAGGCUCCACCGGACCCAGGGGGCCGAGAGGGGCCCCCUGCCACUGAAGGGGCCCCAGCCUCAGCUGGUGAGGAUGUAGACCUGCUCUCUGUGGCUGAGAUGGUGGCCCUGGUGGAACAGCGGGCCGCCCUGGCCCUGCAGAACUACCCACGCCCCGGCACCCCGGCGCCUGUGGUCUUCGUGUCGGCUGAGCAGGGUGGGCCUGCCAAAGGGCUGGGGUCCGAGCGGAGGUCUGGUGGCGGGGACUGCAGCCGCGUAGCUGAGGCAGUGGCCCACUUUGAGGCCCAGCGGGACAGCCCUCCAGCCAAAGGCCUCCGCAAAGAGGAGCGGCCUGGGCCCGGCCCGGGGGAGGUGCGCAUCGCCUUUCGUAUCUCCAACGGCCGAGAGCCCCGGGCGCCCGACGGCAGCUUGCCCAACGGGAGCAGCGGCCGGCCCGGUUGUGCCUACCCUGGCAGCCCAGGCCCCGGGGCCCGAGCCAAGGACAAGAUCACCUGCGACCUGUACCAGCUCAUCAGCCCCUCUCGGGAUGCCCUGCCCAGCAAUGUGGAGUUCCUUCUGGCUCGGGCGGAUGAAGCCAGCGAGGGGGAGAGCCCGGUCCCUGCCAGGCCUGAGGACACUCCCCCGGCGCCCCCUCCACCCCCUGCCCGGGACUGCGGCGCGUCAGGCUUCCACGUGGACGUGGUAGUGACGGGUGUGGUGGACGAAUGCAUCUUCUUUGGCAAGGAUGGCACCAAGAAUGUGAAAGAGGAGACGGUGUGCCUGACGGUCAGCCCCGAGGAGCCGCCCCCACCGGGCCAGCUCUUCUUCCUCCAGUCCCGGGGUCCGGACGGGCCCCCCGAGCCGCCCCCAGCCGACUCCCCCACCACCGCGCCAGGCCCGGACGACGCUGAGGGGACAGCGGACACCUCCCUGUGCCGCCUGUAUCGGCACGUGUCGCACGACUUCCUGGAGAUCCGCUUCAAGAUCCAGCGGCUGCUGGAGCCGCGGCAGUACAUGCUGCUGCUGCCCGAGCACGUGCUGGUGAAGAUCUUCAGCUUCCUGCCCACGCGGGCCCUGGCGGCCCUCAAGUGCACCUGCCACCACUUCAAGGGCAUCAUUGAGGCGUUCGGUGUGCGGGCCACAGACUCGCGCUGGAGCCGCGACCCCCUGUAUCGCGAUGACCCUUGCAAGCAGUGCCGCAAGAGAUACGAGAAGGGUGACGUGUCGCUCUGCCGCUGGCACCCGAAGCCCUACCACCACGACCUGCCUUACGGACGUUCCUACUGGAUGUGCUGCCGCCGAGCGGACCGCGAGACACCUGGCUGCCGCCUGGGUCUGCACGAUAACAACUGGGUGCUGCCCUGCAACGGGCCGGGCGGGGGCCGGGCCGGCCGGGAGGAAGGGAGGUGAAGCCGGGGGAGGGGUGGGGGGAGAGCCCACCGUGCCCACCCCUCCCCCUGCCCCCUGGGAGCCCAGGGCCAGGACUGGGUCACCCUCCAGACGGUGUUGAUCCCCUUCCAGAACCGAGAUGGGGUUCAGGGGGAUGAUUGAGAAGGCACUCCGAUCGACCAACCCCUAUUGGUUUUCUACUCUUCAGACCCAGGGCCCGUGGACCCCUCGAGCAGGGUGGUUUUUAUCAGCAUCUCAAUUUCUUCUCCGUUCAGCCCCAACACCCUCCUUGCCACUCUACACCCCAGGGACCCACCAGCAGGGAGCAGACGGCAGCUAAUUUUGGUACUACUUAAGGGUUCCCCCAUUCUGGCCCCCUUCUGCUGCACCCCCCGCCCCCAUCCCAUGCCAGCCAGUUCUUUGUCUCUGGAGCUGUGUUCUCCCAAGAGGCUGCAGCAUGCAAAGCCAGUAUCUCUCCUGACCUGCCACACCAGGGCUCACCUCCUCUUUAGGAAUUGGGGGCCAUCAGAUCACAGAUCAGAUGUGGCACUUUUCACGGCAACCUGCCAUUUCUAGAUGUUUUCCCCAUUAAAACAAUAAAAAAAAAAAAAUCACUGUUUUCUUCUUAAUCUAAAGCUACCAGUCUCUUCGCUUCCCCUAAAGAAGAGAAAAUAAAGCUGAAAUAUAAAAAUUCCCCAUCUCCCAUUAUUUAAACUAUUGCCAUCGCUUCUCUACCCCCCCCCCCAAAAAAAAAAAGCUGUGAAGCCCUUUGCCUCGCUCUUGACAGCGUGGGGGGCCGGUGGGCAGGGACUGUGGGUUUGAAUUUCCGGAUUGUUUUUCCUUCCAUUCUGGGUACUUGUUCAGGCAUUGGGGUCUCUCCAGCCCCAGCCACGUGAGUUUCUUUAGAAUCCUUUGGUCACCUGAGACCUUGAUUUUUCAGGCAGUUUGGUCUGGGGUAUUCUCGUUUGUUCUGUUUGGGGUUUUUUGUGGUUUUUGUUUUUUGUUUUUUUUCUUUUGAUUUUGGAUUUUCAUCCUUGUGGUUCUGGAAGCUUCUGGUGUGUGGCAUCUGACCAGUUUUGAAUUGGUCCUUUCUAUAAAAUCAAUAUUUAUAAGGCUGGGCCCGGACUGGUUUGUGUGUUGUUUAGGGAGGGGGUUGGAGAGAGGAGGGAGCCCUGGGCCACUGCAUGGUGAGCUGGAAAAGACUGAGAAAAGAAUCGUUAGCCAAGUCCCUUAGCUUGAGAUUGUUUUUGACUCUCCUUCGUCUGUGUCCAUUUGGAUUCAAAAAUCUCGACGUUAUUAGUAGCCUAAACAAGAUAGUUUUUAUUUCUUUAGAAAUCCAGGAUGGGCAGGUACGGUGGCCCUGAAGUCAUCAGGAACCCAGGCUGCUUCCGGCUCACUAUUCUUUGGCUGUGGCCCCCAUCCUCAUGGUCUAAGAUGGCUGCUAGAACUCCAGCCAUCAUUAUUUUGCAGGAAGAGAAGACUCCUUCCUCCCAGAACUACUGCACCAUACAACAUUUCAUUAGUCACAGCUUAAGCCACAUGGAAGGGCUGCAAGGGAGACUGGGAAAUGUUGUGCCUUAGCUGGUACAUCAUGCCCAACAACAAAAAAACUAUUUUACUAAAGAUUCCUGUGUUCCCCAUAACUGAAGCUUUAAAAUCCUCACUUAUUUACUAAAUAAGAAGAGGAAUUAAGUCAUUUAAACAAUUCAAGUACAAAGGAAGAGAGAAGAAUGGAUUUUGAGAGCCAAUUAACAGUCUCUGAUAUUCUCAUCAGGGUAUAAAAAUGACCAGAGAGACUAGGAUACAUCACGGUCGUUAUUUAAUACUUAGAUUUUGGAAUCAAAGAGAGCUGGGUUUGAGUCUUGGCUUGGCUUUGUGGGCCAGUUUUCUGGAGGGAGAAACCAGAUUAUUUGGAUUCUUCUGCUGAAUAGAGGUAGUUAAAAAAUCAUAAAAGCAUCAAAUAGCCAAUAUAAUACAGUUAAAGGACACAUCACACCAGAAAUUUAAGGGAAAGGUACAUGGGGCAUGGAAGCUACUUUUGCUCUGAGGGCAUUUGCUUAUGCCAACAAACUUGAGUUUCCUAUUUGUAAUCUUGUAGGGACAAGCAGACAGAAGUCAAGGCCAAGCCUGCCCAAGGUGGGAAAUCUCACAGGAGCUGGGAUCCCACCAAACUACAAGCUCCAGUAAGGAUGACCCAGAAGACUGCAGAGAAGAUGUUCUAAACACUGAGGGGAGGGGCGCCUGGGUGGCUCUGUCAGUGAAGCACCCGACUUUGGCUCAGGUCAUGACCUCACGGUUCGUGAGUUCAAGCCCCGUGUUAGGCUCUGUGCCGACAGCUCAGAGCCUGGAGGCUGUUUGAGAUUCUGUGUCUCUCUCUCUCUCUCAAAAAUAAACAUUAAAAAAAAAAUUUUUUUUUUAAAUAACACUGAGGGGAGCACAAGACCAAUGGAGAGAAAAAAGUGGACCCCAAGAAUUCAUGGACACAGGCUGGCCCUUGGCUCAGGUUUGUGGCCCAGGUUUGUAUCACCUGUGUUGCAGGGUACUUCUUAGCUGAGACGUCUGGCAGAAACAAACAUAAAUCCUCUGGGGUAAGAAACUGUCAUCUAGAAUGCCCACAAGUGAUUUUUCAGACAAUGACUAGUAGACAGUCACAGACAACAGCAGAAGCAGACUCACAAAGGCUUCACAGGGUGAACCGGUCAGGCACAGGUUAGAAUACAGGUAUCCCCCCCCGGCCCUUCCCGAAAGUUCAAGUUAAUUCACCUCGCCUUUACACAAGACCUACAUUAGUACGGUAACGGCUCUUUUCAUAAAAGUGAAAAUCUUCAGAUCUCUUUCCUGCAGUGAAAAUAGGUACCAGUGUAGGUCUUUUUGUAAAAGUGGUGGGACAUGAACUUUUGGAAAGCAGGGGAUACUCUUUGUGGCUUAUAGGUUUCAUAGGAUUGCUCUAUACAAGAGCUUGGAAAUCUGGGGGGUGGGGAGUGGGCGGAAAGAAGCCACAGGAGCGCCUGGGUGGCUUAGUUGGUUAAGCAUCCAACUAAGCUCAUGUCCCAAUCUCACGGCUAGUGAGUUCGAGCCCCACAUUGGGCUCUGUGUUGACAGCUCACAGCCUGGAGCCUGCUUCGGAUUCUGUGUCUCCCUCUCUCUCUGCCCCUCCUCCACUCAUGUGCAUGCAUGCUCGCUCUCUCUCUCUC